AUCAGGUGGCUGGAAAGAGUAGGGGUGCCAAAUUUGUACUUCUGUAGACACGGGCUUCCCGUUUCUGGGUUUUUUUUGCGGGAGUCACGAAGAUGAUGGAUGCGCUGUCGGUGGUGCGCCAGCUGCGGGACCUGGCCUCAGAGCCGCAGAACCGGGGAGUGAUCGUCCAGGACCAGGGCUGCCUCCCAGGACUGGUCCUCUUCCUGGACCACAAGGAUCCAGACGUGCUGUUCGCUACUCUACAGACCCUGCGUUACUUGGCAGAGUUGUCUCCCAACAUUCCCACCAUGAAGAAUGAACUGGGUAUGAUGGUGAGCUUGGAGAAUCUUAUUGGAAGAGAGGAUCUGUCUGUUGACAUCAAAGCUUUGGCUAAAGAGGUGUAUAACAUUCUGAGUGCACCUGUUAAUCCUGCACCCCGCACAGACGGAGGGAGAAAGAAGUCUCAGUUCUUUAUUAACUCCUCCAACAAGAAGGCCAAGUCUGUCACGUUGCACAUUCAGGGGUUGGACAACACUCAACAACGAAGCGUGUGUGAGGAGGCUCUUCUCAAAGUCAAAGGAGUGAUCAGCUUCACUUUCCAAAUGGCCUCCAAGAGAUGCACAGUCCGCAUCCGUUCAGACCUGUCCACUGAGAGUCUCGCAACAGCCAUUGCUGCCACUAAGGUGUUAUCAGCGCAGCAAGUAGUGAAAAAUGAGGCAGGAGAAGAGGUUUUUAUCUCUCUGAAUUCUUGUGGAGUGGAGCCGGCAAAAAACACAGCUCUCCCCGAUUACCUCCCAGAGGAAGAGGAAAGCACAGAGAUGGAGGUCGACCGAGCGAUAUCACGCACAGCAGCUAAGGAGGACUCCAGUGGCAGCUGGCUUAAUGCUGCUGCCGGUUUUCUUACAAAAACAUUUUAUUGGUGAAGUGCUGGGAUACACAUGGACCUACUGUUGCCCAGCUGUGCGUCUCCUUGUUGCUGGAAAAGAAAUGAUUGGGAUUGCACGGUGAAUUUUUCAAUUCAUGUAACUACAACUUCCUAAGUCACACAAGUAGAUCCAUCAAAUCUGCAAAAACAUUUACUACCGAUGUUUUGGUAUUAGACCUCGUAAAAAAAAAAACUAAAAAACAUCUUCAAUAGGAAGUGACAGUAAGUGUUCAACCAGUCACGUUCUUCAAACAUAAGUCAAGACUUAUAAGGAAAUCUACAUUUGAAAAUCCUCUGUUGCCUGAAAUCUCUUUUCAAACUGUUUUUCCAUGUAAGUAAUUGUAAAGAUCUUGCUGCUUUUCUACAGUUCAAACCUAAUUUCCUGCUGUUUUAUGCUGAAAUAAAUGUACAAAUUAUUA